AUGAAUCAUAGUUUACAGAGGAUAACAGCACACAAACGAGAAUCUCAUUCACCACAAAUCAAAAUGAAAAUUUUUUUGGUUGCUGUGCUAGCGCUGCCAUGCGCAUUUGCAGUUCGCUGUUACUACUACAUUGACAGAAGUGACGACUUGAAUCCCGUGAAAUCAUGGAUGGAUUGUGAUGACUCUAAAUAUUGCUUCAAGACAUAUAUUGAGCAACAUGAAACGCUCAACGAUAAGAAGUGGAUUGUUAGCAGAAGCUGUGGCUCAUCGAAUGUGUGCAAGAGUGAAGGUUGUACGGGGACAAGAAAUAGCUGGAGCUGCUGCUGUCGAGGCGAACUUUGCAAUCUGACUCCUUCGAAAAAGAUCUAUCUGUUAACGAUUUUUUCUGCGCUUUACAUAAUGUUCGCUUUAUGAUAUUUUGCCUAUGAUGAAUGCUCAAAUUGUCUCAAACUUUCUGACAUCAUAUA